AUGUCCGAGGUUAUACUUCCUGCAAUUGAAGAAGAGAAUCAAUUGAAGAACUUCCUCAAGCAAGACACUAAUGUUGCAUUCUUAGCAGGUGGUAUUGCGGGUGCUAUCUCUAGGACAGUAGUGUCACCGUUUGAAAGGGUUAAGAUCCUCUUGCAAGUCCAGAGCUCGACAACAGCAUACAAUAAAGGGUUGUUCGAUGCCAUCGGGCAAGUGUACAAAGAAGAGAAUAUAAAAGGUUUGUUCCGUGGUAAUGGGCUUAACUGCAUCAGAGUAUUCCCGUAUAGUGCUGUACAGUUCGUGGUCUUCGAAGGCUGUAAGAAACACAUAUUUCAUGUCGAUACGAAGGGUAAAGGUGAACAACUCAACAAUUGGCAAAGACUGUUUAGUGGCGCUUUAUGUGGUGGUUGUAGUGUAGUUGCCACAUACCCGCUGGAUCUUGUGAGAACAAGACUAUCUGUGCAGACGGCAAACCUAUCGAAACUUUCCAAGUCUAGGGCCUCUGAUAUUGCCAAGCCACCGGGUGUUUGGAAGUUGCUAUCUAAGGCUUACGCUGAAGAAGGUGGCAUAAUGGGGCUAUACAGAGGUGUAUGGCCAACUAGUCUGGGAAUCGUGCCAUAUGUGGCAUUAAACUUUGCUGUAUAUGAACAAUUGAAAGAGUUCAUGCCCAGUGAUGAAAACGGGAACAGUAGCAUGCGUGACAGCUUAUAUAAGCUGAGCAUGGGAGCUAUUAGUGGUGGUGUUGCCCAGACAAUAACAUACCCAUUUGAUCUUCUAAGAAGGAGAUUCCAAGUGCUGGCCAUGGGUGGUAACGAGUUGGGAUUCCAUUAUAAUAGUGUCUGGGACGCACUUGUGACCAUCGGCAAAACUGAAGGUUUCAAAGGUUACUACAAGGGCCUCACAGCCAACCUGUUUAAAGUGGUACCAUCUACUGCAGUGAGCUGGUUGGUUUACGAACUGACGUGGGAUUACAUGAAACGCUGGUAA